CGCACGUGCAUCUCGUUAGAUAGCACGUGUCCUCAGUAACCGCGACGCGCCGUACAAAAGACAUAAUCGGUGCACAAUCAAAUCCGAAUUAUCAACAUUAAUAAUGCAAUAAUUACCCUGAAAGUGUGUGUGCAAUUCCUCAAGAUGUUUAACAUGGACAAUUUGGAUCUGGAGACCGUCAACAGGCAGUUUUUUUUCGAGGCGAAUCCUUUUAUAAGUACUAUUCAUAGUAGCGGUAGCACGACCGGAUCGUCAAAUAGUAGUGACUUGUUUUUAUAUGAUGAAAAUAGUAGUGAUUCCGGUACGUCCAGUUGCUCCUAUAACAGCGAUCAGGAAAAUCAGUCGGAACCAAAAGAAGGGCAUCGGCACAGAAGACGCAGCAAAUGUCCGACCCAACAAAUCCAUCAAAGACAGGCGGCCAACCUGAGGGAGCGCAAAAGGAUGCAGUCGAUUAACGACGCGUUCGAAGGACUGCGAGCGCACAUACCCACGUUGCCGUACGAAAAACGAUUAUCGAAAGUGGACACGUUGAAACUGGCCAUAGGAUACAUCAAUUUCCUCAGCGAAUUGGUCAGAACCGAUAGGAACUCGAACUCGGAGUAUUUCAAUGGACAUAACAGGAAUACCGAGAAGGAUGCACCCAAGAAAAUUAUCGUUAGAGGAGCUGGCGGUUUAUACACGGCCCAUUCGCUGUCUUGGUCAAGAAACGAUGAACCCAGGACAAACGGCCUUAUGCAUGCAAAAGUUUGGAUGCCUGAAGACCCGAGAACCAAAGAUGGAAACGUAUCUACUUUUAACAAUUCCUUGUCGGAAUAAGAUAUAACUUAUAUAAUACUUACUUAUAAUUGUUAUUUUGUUGUGAUUUUUACAUAGCGUCCUUUUUAUUUAUAUUAUUUAAACUCAUUGUACAUA